CUUUAGCGAAAGUCGAAUAAGUGUUCCUGUAGUAAACGGUUACUAUGAGCUGUAUGAGACAAAUGCCACAUAUAACUAACCUAAAUUAAGAUAAAGCCAAAUUAAUCUUAAAUCCAAACUCUGUGAUGUGCUGCCAAAUGCACUGCAGAGGAAGAAAGGUACGGGUGCUGGAAUAGGCCAAACUGAGGAAGUGAAGUCACCUAAGAUUGCCCAGUGAUCCUUACUAAUGAAGCUUUCAAUGCUUCACCUCAUUCACACAUAAUAGACACUUGUAAUAAUGGAGGAAGAUGAGAUGGAGAUGAGCAAAGAAGAGCUUAAGACUUGGAUCAGAGAUCAGGUAGAGAACACCAGGCUGACCUCCCCAGGCUUGCUUGAGAAAUACAAUUUGCUGCAUUCCCUGCUGAAAAGGAGAGAGAAACAGGCUUCCAACUUCCUGAAGCUCUGUCAGUCUGUGGCAGCAUGUGAGGAAAUAGUGAAAGAACUGUAUGCGUUUCUGGAAUGGGAGUACAAAGACUCAGAUUCUGAUGAUGAAUCCACAGGUAGUGGAUGCACAGUUCAGCUACAGUCCAAGCAGCACUUCCACAACUGUGCAACAUCUAACAGCUCAGAUUCCCAGUUAUCAAAGUCUAAAGCAAAAGAAAUAAAGAAAACAGGGCAUCCCAUUUUAAAUAGAAAAGCAGUGGUGGUCUUGACAAGACUUAGGAGAUCUCAGAUCAUCCGCGCUGUACGCCGACCCCGGCCUCAGUUUAAUUUCAGAGAAAAUGAAUCCUUAAGCGGUCCUGAGUCUGAUAUGCAAUGGCAACCAGGAGAUGAGCCAAGUGAUUCCGAUUCAUCUCUGUCAGAUUUUAAUACUGGGUCAAAGAAAAGAAGAAAAAUCCAACAAAAGAGCAAAACACGGGAGAGGAGUCCCCCAGCUUCCGGAGGAAGUGGAAAAUUUGCUGCUGUCAUUGAUGGAGCAAAGACACGAAGGCUCACAGCCAGGAAACGUAUCAGUACUCCAAUAAAAAAGACAUUAACGCCACACACAAGUUCAAAUACGGAUGUUAAUGGCAAAACUGCUGAAACAAUACCACAAGUCAGAACAAGAAAAACAACAACACCUGAGGCCAACACAAUUAAGACAAAAAAGCCUGAAGCCAACGCAGUGCAAACAAUAACAUGUGAAGCCAACGCAACAACUAAAACAUGUGAAGCUAACGCAACGAAAACUAAAACAUCUGAAGCCAACUCUACGAAAACUAAAACAUCUGAACCCAAUGCAACGAAAACUAAAACAUCUGAAGCUAACUCAAUGACGACUAAAACAUCUGAACCCAAUGCAACGAAAACUAAAACAUCUGGAGCCAACUCUACGAAAACUAAAACAUCUGAACCCAAUGCAACGAAAACUAAAACAUCUGAACCCAAUGCAACGAAAACUAAAACAUCUGAACCCAAUGCAACGAAAACUAAAACAUCUGAAGCUAACGCAAUGACGACUAAAACAUCUGAACCCAAUGCAACGAAAACUAAAACAUCUGAACCCAAUGCAACGAAAACUAAAACAUCUGAACCCAAUGCAACGAAAACUAAAACAUCUGAACCCAAUGCAACGAAAACUAAAACAUCUGAACCCAAUGCAACGAAAACUAAAACAUCUGAACCCAAUGCAACGAAAACUAAAACAUCUGGAGCCAACUCUACGAAAACUAAAACAUCUGAACCCAAUGCAACGAAAACUAAAACAUCUGAACCCAAUGCAACUAAAACAUCUGAAUCCAACGCAAUGAAAACUAAAACAUCUGAACCCAAUGCAACGAAAACUAAAACAUCUGGAGCCAACUCUACGAAAACUAAAACAUCUGAAUCCAACGCAACGAAAACUAAAACAUCUGGAGCCAACGCACCGAAAACUAAAACAUCUGAAGCCAACGCAACAACUAAAACAUGUGAAGCCAAUACAAAAGCCAGUGCUGAGAGGAAGGAAGCGACGACCUCAACGCCAUCUGCAGAAACCACAGUAAACCCCCUGAACCAAGGGGCCACUCUGUGUAUCAGGACUGCUCCGAUCAUGCCACCAGGAGAGGUCACCAUGAACAUGAAAGUCCUGGCGAGAAAGAAGGAGUUGAGCUGGCAACUAGGGACAAUUAAAGAAAUAAUUACAAAGGAUGAUGGUAGAUUGAAGUACAAAGUCAUUUUUGAGAAAGGGAAGAGCCUUGUGUCCGGUCACCACAUUGCCUUUGAAUACUCGCCAACGGCGGAGCAGCUAUUUAUUGGUGCUCGUGUUGUCGUCAAGUAUACAGCUGAGAAGCCAGAGUUCAUGCCUGGUAUCAUGGCAGAGCUUCCCAACAGGAAAAACCGCAUGAGAUUCCUAGUCUUCAUCGACAAUCACACCCCAGUUUAUGUUGGUUUACCUUUACUUCGCCUGGUGUGCAAACCCUUGGCAGACCCUUUAAACGACAUUACUGAACAAACUCACCAGAGUUACAUGAGAGAGUAUUUGAAACACUGGCCUCACCCACCCCAAACCCAGUACAGGGUUGGCCAGCCUGUGAAGGUAGAGCAUAAUGGUACUCUGCAAAGGUGUGAAGUUGUCUCAAUCGACUGCAGUUUGAUGGAAGUUUCUUUUAAAAGUGAUCAGCAUAAAGAGUGGCUCUAUCGAGGCUCCAUACGGUUGUAUCACAUGUCUGAUUUGAGGCAAAAGAUGGUGUCAAACAAGGAUGAUGAGAUGAAUUCUAAACCUACCUCACUCAAGGGAUCAUCAAAAGCGACACCUUGAAGGGACUGUGAACACAGGAUACUUUUAUUGGUUGCCUACUGCUACAUCUAUUGAGGAUUUAUAUUGUUAUGAUUUCUUUUAAAUAUGUUAAUGUAAUCCUUUUUUUCUAUCCAGACCAGAGCAUGUGGCAAAGACACAUCCCUGUUUUUGUAAGUUUCAGAAGAGUUAACCAAAAAAAAAUAAAAUAAAAUAUGUAUCCAGCAGCCAUCUUUUGCAUCUGCAGGUGGUAAUCAGUUGGUUCAGUUGGUUCCUGAGUGAUGCAGAUGUUUCUAGAGAAGAAAAAUGCUUGCAUAUUGAAGCAGCAUGAACGUGUUUGUUGCACUGUGUUUUAUCUAGAUUGCACUUCUAACUGCAGCGUUGUUCAAUAAAAGGGU